AUGCGUAUUAAGUUACUCGACCAGAUGAGCAAUAAAGCAUUUGAAAUGCAACUGGAGUUGCUCAAAGAAGCUUUUCCGAAGGAGAAUAGGAUUCCAUCUUCAUAUAAUGAAGCUAAGAAACUGUUGGGUGGCUUGGGAAUGGGUUAUGAAGCAAUUCAUGCAUGUCAGUACGACUGUGCUUUGUUUUGGAAAGAGCAUAAAGAUAGGGAGGACUGUCCAGUAUGUAAUGCUCCUAGGUACAAACACGAUGACGGGAAGGGUACCAAGAUCCUGCACAAGGUAUUGCGAUAUUUUCCCUUAAAGACUAGACUGAUGAGGUUGUAUGCUAGUAGACACACAGCUGCUGACAUGAGGUGGCAUGAAGACCAACGCGAUAAAACAACACCGGAUUUGUUAAGACAUCCAGCUGAUGCGGAAGCGUGGAAGGAUUUUGAUAAGCGGUAUCCAUGGUUUGCUAAGGACCCGCGCAAUGUUAGGUUGGGACUUGCUACUGAUGGUUUCAAUCCAUUUGGAAAUAUGAGCAAUGCACAUAGCACGUGGCCAGUGGUAAUUAUACCGUACAACUUACCUCCCUGGAAGUGUAUGAAAGAGCCAUUUUUCUUGAUGACGUUGCUUAUUCCUGGCCCACACGAAGCUGGUAAAGACAUUGAUGUAUAUCUGCAGCCUUUUAUAGAUGAGUUAAAGGAGUUGUGGGAAGAAGGUGUUGAAGUAUAUGACGCCUCAGAAAAAAAAGAAAAUUUCUGUAUGCAUGCUGCCUUAUUGUGGACCAUAAACGACUUCCCAGCUUAUGCCAAAAUGUCAGGGUGGAGUACACAGGGAUAUUUAGCUUGCCCGGUAUGCAACGAAGAUGCACCAUCAAUCAAACUAAGGAGCAAGAUAGGUUAUGUUCGUCAUCGUCGGUACUUGCCUCCUGGUCAUAGUUGGAGAGACUCGAAAUGUCAUGAUGCGACACGUGAACAUAAGGGUCCUCCGAAAGAGCUUACAUGUGAUGAACUUUUAGCUCAAAUGGAAAAUAUUGUGUUCUGUAAUCCAGGUAAGAACCCGAGUAAACAAAGCAAGAAAAGAAAACGCAGUAUAGAAGAGCAGAACUGGACAAAGAAGAGUAUAUUUUACGAGCUUCCGUAUUGGAAGAGUCAUAAAAUUAGACAUAAGAUCGACGUUAUGCAUACAGAAAAGAAUAUUUGUGACAACAUUGUCGGAACUCUGUUGAAUCUCGACAAGAAAAAUAAAGAUACCGAGAAGGCUCGUUUGGAUCUUGCAGACAUGAAUAUUAGGAAAGAACUGCAUCUUAAACCUAGAGGGGACAAAUUUAUAAAGCCUCCUGCAUGUUAUGUUAUAAAGCCUGAGGAUAGAAAAAAGUUCUGUCAGUUUUUAAAAUCAGUGAAGUUCCCUGAUGGAUAUGCAUCUAACAUCUCUAGAAAUGCUCAUGUCAAUGACGGAAAAGUAUUUGGACUUAAAAGCCACGAUUGUCAUGUUUUGCUGCAGAGACUUCUCCCUGUUGCAAUUCGUCCUUAUUUGCGCAGAGAGACUUUGAGUGUUAGUCACUUGGAUGAGUUGGAGAAGAGAAUUCCUCUGAUUCUCUGUAAGCUGGAAAGAAUAUUUCCCCCAGCUUUUUUCGAUGUUAUGGUUCAUCUGGCUGUUCAUUUGCCGCGUGAGGCAAAACUUGUUGGACCAGUUGGCUACAGUUGGAUGUAUCCUAUCGAAAGGUUUUUGGGAACGCUCAAGCGUUACGUGAAAAACAGAGCUCGGCCAGAGGGUUCUAUUGCAGAGGCCUAUAUUCUUAAAGAAUGCUUGACAUUUUGCUCGAUGUACUUUCGUGGGACUGAAACCAAAUUUACUCGACCAGAACGAAAUGACGAUAGAUCAAGGGAUCCCCGAUACCGGAAGGGAGAGAUAUCUGUUUUUGCUCAAAGUGCCCGUCCUGUUGAUGCAAAAACUGUACGUCCACUGUCAGUCGCUGAAAGGGAGAAAAUUAAUUGGAAACAUAAGAACGAGUUGAAAGAAGAAAGUAAUGUCAAUCUAUCACGGAGGCAAAGAACACUGUUUCCGGAAUGGUUUCGAAAACAUAUACAAGAUCUGCACAGCAAAAAAGAAGCCACAGAUGAAAUGCAAACUUUAGCUUGGGGAGUUGAUGUCCGAGUAAACUCGUACAAAGCGUGUAAUGCUAAUGGGGUUAAAUAUCAUUCUAAAGAUCGUGAAGCUCGAAGGACAACUCAGAAUAGUGGAUUGUUAGUUGAUGGAGAACAUGGGGGAAAUGAAAUUGAAUUCUAUGGCACUUUGCGUGAUGUUAUUGAGUUGGAAUAUCAACAUGGAUAUCGAAUAGUGCUGUUUAAGUGCGACUGGUUUGACGUGAGCCCGAAUAGAAAUAAAAUUCGAAAGGAUUACGAUUUAACAAGCAUAAAUGUGAGCAACUUAUGGUAUGAGGAUGAUCCGUACGUUCUUGCGUCACAAGCACAGCAGGUAUUUUAUGUUGAUGAUCAUAAAAAUGGCGCAAACUGGAAAGUUGUUAAUAAGAUGGAACAUAGACACUUGUGGGAUGUUCCGGAGGUGGAUGAUCUGGGCGCGACUGUUGACGAGGCCUAUCAGCAAGGUGGGGAUUUGCCAGUAUUAUCUACGUUUGAGGGAGGGGAUGAUGUUGAAGAAAAUGAACUUGAUAGAGAUGACGUCCAACCAGAGAUGGUACAAGUGAAUAUUAACGAUCCCAAUGAUGAUUUGUUUGAAACAGUUGACGAAGAUGAUGAGACAUUGAAUGAAUACAAUAAUGACAUUUUGGAUGCCGACGAGAUAGUGGUGAAUGGUGAAGACAGUGAUAUAGAGUGA